AUGCCUGCCGUGCCUGCCGUGCCUGCCGUGCCUGUCGUGCCUGCCGUACCUGCCGUGCCUGCUGUGCCUGCCGUGCUUGUCGUGCUUCCCGUGCCUGCCGUGCCUGCUGUGCCUGCCAUGCCUGCCGUGCCUGUCAUGCCUGCCGUGCCUGCCGUGCCUGCCAUGCCUGCCAUGCCUACCAUGCUUGUUGCUGAGCAACGGCAUCAGGCCCUGCACUUACCACUCGCCCACUUUCUCCCCCCUCUCUCCCCUCUCUGCCCUCUCUCCCUCUCUCCCCUCUCUUUCCCCUCUCCAUGGCCUUCCAAUCUUUCCCCCUCCUCCACCUAUCCCUUUUCCCGCCCCUCUCAGCCACCCAGUGUGACGCGGAUGGUGACGCCAUGCCUGACGACAGCAACAUGUGUGGACGUUAGCCUGCUGCAGUGGCGAUGGAGGAGGGAGGGAGAGCAAGUGAGGGAUGUGUGGAGGGGAGGGAGAAGAAGGGGAAAUAGAGUGACCACCAUGAGGGAAGGAGAGAGAGAAAGUGGGGGGUGUGAUGGGAGAACGAGGAGGCAAGGAGAGGAAGGUGGGGAUGGCGCCUAUGGGGAGGCAGAGAAGAGUGUUUUCAAUGAUAGGCGUGCUGCAGACAUUGAUGGUGAUGAUGGUGGAGGGAAUAGCGCUAGCAGCAAUGAUGGCACAGCAGCCACAGUCACAGCCACAGCAGGCGCAGUAGCAGCAAUGCAAAGUGACUCCCCUUCGCCCCCAUCGUCACUUGCUGCUGGUGCUCUUAACUCCAUUGACUCGCUUGAAGCCCACUGUCUCGCGCUGCGCCUGAUUGGCUGCCUCGCUUUGCUGGUUGCUGACGUGGCACACGUGCAGGAGUUGGUCGUGCAGGCGGCAAUGGAAGCCGAGGGACAGCAGGAGCAACGCCAUGCAGCUCUCUUCGCGCUCACCUUCCUCUGUGACGUCUCUCCUCCCUUCGCCCUUCACACUCUCCUCCUCCUCUCCCUCGCUCUCCCUACCUCCCCACCGCCACCCCUGCCCCUCUCCCUCAAAUGCCAUCUGCACCGUCCUUCACACCCAUGUCUCUCGUGCCAAACCAAGCAGCCUAGAGUGAGAGGAAACGCACACAGGAGUCAAGCAGAGGCGGACGAGCAUAUGGCGGGGAAGCGGCCGCAGCAACAGCGUGAUGACUCGCCAGUUGCCCAUGCACCGUUGCACCCAUACUCGUUCGCCCACUCCCUGUCUCCACCAUACACACUGCCACCACUGGCCCUACACGCGCCUCUUCUCACAUCCUCCUCCCACAUGCCACGUGUCACCCACCCAUUGGCCUGGUGGAGGGGGCGUGAGGAGGGGAAGGAGGGGGUGCGGAUUCGAGUGGCAGCAGUGGUGGUGAAAUGCCUGGCGGGGCAUGAGGAGAGGGCUGUGAGGCGCGUGGCGUGA